CACCACAUCAGCCGCAAGUCUGGCCACAGACGCUCGGUCGCUUCGCUCGGACCGUCAGAGCGCCCGCCCCGCAGCAGUGCUCGUCCUGGCGCAGGGACCAAGCGCAACAGUGCCGCGCGCCUAGACGGGACCAGGCGCAGACGGCAAAGGCAGCCCUGCAGUCAGUGUCUCCUGCAGCGGUCAGAGAUCGAGCAUGACGCCGCCGUGCCCGAUCGAGGCGCUCGAGCCAUUCGAGGCCUUCUCGGCCGCACUGGCCGAGCUGUCCCGCUUGGCCGAGGCACGCUUCACGACGCCCACGCCGCGCGAGCAGCCCUUCGUGGCACCGGCUGCGGCACUGGACCGUGCGCUGGUAGUGCUGCCCGAUGAGCUGCCCGAGCACGGCCUCGGUCUGAGCCGCACGACUCGUGUGCUGCUCGACGACGUCGCGCCGGCACUCAAUCCGGGCCAGGCCGGCUCGCGCUACUUUGGCUUCGUGACGGGCGGUGUGCUGCCGUCGGCGGCCGUGGCGGACCAGCUGGUGACCAUACUCGACGCUAACGUGCAAGUGCAUCUGCCCACAGAGACCGUAGCUACGCUCGUCGAGGUGCACGCCUUGAAGCUCACGCUCUCGCUGCUCUCGCUCCCUGUUCAGCGCUGGACGGGUACUGUGACCACCGGCGCCACGUCAUCGAAUGUCCUGGCGCUGGCAUGCGGGCGUGAUGCCGUGCUCAAGCGCGCGAUGGCAGCACGAGGCCAUGCGGACUGGGACAUGGCGGAGGACGGCCUGGCCGAUGCGCCUGCCGUGACGGUGUACGUUGCGCUGCCGCACGCCAGCAUCAAGAAGGCCGCGGCAAUCGUAGGCAUCGGGCGGGCUCGAGUCGUCGACUUGGGCCAGCGCGUCAGCGUCGCCGACUCUGCCACGGCCGAACAGCUGGCCCGCGCAAGGGCCGCAGCACUGGACUUCGACCUGGACGCGCUCGAGGUUCGGCUCGCGGCGGACUCAGCAGCAAAGCAGGGCGCCAUCGUCGUCGUCGGCAUGUCAGAGGUCAACACGGGCGCACUCGCCGCCCAGACGCCUGCUCUUCGACAGCUCUGCGACCGCUAUGGCGCCUGGCUGCACAUUGACGCAGCAUUUGGCGCAUUUGCUAGCCUCGUGCCCGGCUUCGAAUGGGUGGCAGAGCAUCUCAACCUCGCCGACUCAAUCACUUCGGAUGCGCACAAGCAGCUCAAUGUGCCCUACGACUGCGGCCUCUUGUUCGUGCAGCGUCACUCGCCGACCGCACAUCACUCGCCUCUCGACGAGCUCUGUGGGCCGGGUCGUGGCUCUGCCCCAGCAUAUCUUGCAGCGCCGCCGAAGGAAGAGGGAGAGGGCAGCACAGACCCCGUGCUGGCGGCACGUCGCGAGUACCUUGGCGCACUGCCGAGUCCUCUCUUCCGCAACAUCGAGAACUCACGGCGCUUCCGUGCCCUGCCGCUUUACGCCGUGCUGCUUUCGCAGGGGCGAGAAGGCUUCCGCGAGCUUGUGCUACGAAACGUGGCAUUUGCGCGCCGUCUUGAGGCCUGGCUGCGUGCCGAGCCGUGCUUCGACGUGCUCACGCCGCAGUGCGACGCACCCAAGCCGGACGUGAGCGGCCCACAGCCGUGGUGCGGCGCAUGGGGCUACACCAUCGUGCUGUUCGCGGCCUCUUCGGAGGCGCCGACUUGCUUCAGAGGCGAAGGUGGCGGCGCGAGACUGGCGCAGGCCAUCAAGGAUACGCAGCUCGUCUACAUGUCGGCCACUGUGUGGGGCGGCCAAAGAGCCGUGCGUGCUGCCAUCAGCAACUGGAGCACCGGCACUGGGUCCGAGGACCUAGACUUCACCGUCACGACCGAGGCUCUGCGCACAGUCAUGCGCAAAGCUGCCAGCUCCGCCGUUGCGUGACGCUUGCUUCUCUCGCUCCAGCCAGCCGCGCUUACAAUCGUCACGAGCUCGAAUUCAGGGUACAUCAGGCUCAUACGGAGCGCGAAAAGUAGAGAGAGGAGUAGGGCGUAGGGUGGAGGCACAGGCGUGACAGUCGGAGGCGCAAUAUAGAGUCUCGCAGGGCGAACGGACGUGAAAGAGCGUUGAGGC